UCAAAAACAAGGGAGCCAUUUUUGAAGUAAAUUGGCAAUGAAUGAUUGAGAAAAAUGCAAUAAAAACGCCGAGUUUUUCUCGUUUCUGGCUCCAGGAUCGUUUAAAUGUGAUGUAGCUAUGAAACACAUAAGUCUCAUUGAUAAUAAAGACAAUUUACAAGCAUUGAUCCGACAUGAAUUACGCGAGCUCGGAGUUAAAGUUCCGAAGCCGAAGAAAGCAAAACGUGCUGCUUCGAAGUUAAAUCAGGAUGUGAACAAAGGGCAGUUGUUUGGGAAUUACCUGGGAGCUGUUCAUUGUGUCCAUGUACCUGAGUGUGGAUAUGUGGCAAAGUUUCUUGUGGAUGCAGCCAAGAUCAUUUCUGCCAACAUUGACAAUGAAGGGGUGUUCAGAAAGUCUGGAGCUGUUAGCAGACAAAAGGAACUUAAGCAACAGCUUGAGAAUGGGAAAGGUUUCAUGGAUGCUAAUGUGUAUGAUGUGACAGCCCUCGUAAAACAGUUUUUCCGCGAGUUACCGGAACCCCUGUUCACCAGCGUGUACCAUGACACGUUUGUUCGAUGCUAUCAGCUGGAAAACAGCGAGGAGGCAACGCGCGCGGUACUGCUCGCCUGUCUUCUACUUCCCUCAGAACACGCUACAACCUUACAGUACAUCAUGAAGUUGCUGGCUAAGAUAGCGACACACUCUGAGAAAAAUAAGAUGGACAGUACAAACCUUGCGGUGGUGCUCGCUCCAAAUCUCAUGCAUAUGAAUAGCAAGAGUGAGACCAUGAAGUCCAGUGAAGAAAAGCUACUGCAGGUACAGACAGCAAUAGUGGAACUGCUGAUCAAGCAGGCCAACCUUGUGUGUCUGGUGGAAGAUGAAAUGAUAGAAAAGACCGCCUUCAUGUCCGAGGUCUUCUCCACUGACGAUGAACUCGAUGCCAGUGAAGAUAAUCUUGACGACACAAAAGAGACGAGAAAGAAGGAUAAGAAGAGGAAACGAAGCGGUUCUUUUCAGGGUUUUGUAAGCAGUAUAGCCCAAAGCAUCACAAAAUGGCGGCGGAGUACCGACGGUAAAACAAACACCAGCGGAAUAAGCCAGGCCAGUAACGCUAGUCAGGUUAGUGGGACUGGGUCGUACAGGCAGCCUGUCCAGACGGAAGAUGGGGCGUACGAGAAUCGCACGUUCCAGUUUGCCGCAGGUGAGGCUACCCCAGUGAUGAGGCGGCCGAAAAAUGCACCAUCAACAGAUGGAAGAGCCUUCUCUGCAUCAAAGAAGAAAGCGAUCCUUAACCAGCUCCCCCAGCACUCAGCCUUGGCCAGCACCCCUUUCACCCCGGCAUCCACCAUGAAACCACACCCUGGUGGGCGACAUGGUAUGCUAGCCACGCCCAGUUUUCCUCCCCGACCUCAUCAGACUCCCCGCCAGAGCGCCAAGUCGAGGAAGAAGAUUGCACUGUUCAGUCCUGCCAGCACAACCAAGAAAAAACGGUACUCGUCGACCAGUAACCUCUCGGCCAGCAAGAAGACAAAGUCCAAGGGAAUCUUCCGUCGUCUCAGCGGAAGUAAAGGCGACCAGGAGUUCCCGGAAAAUAUUGACAGAUCCAGCAAUCAGGUCGGCCAUCGUCUAGCCGGCUCCCCAUCAUCCACAGUAAGCGCUCCGGUCAUUUGCUCAUCCAGUCAGAGUAAAUCCAUCACCGACGAUUCUCCCAUUGCUGCCCUGGUGCAGAGCUCAUUUUCCUCUUCAGUUUGUGAGCAGUCGACAAUGUCACAUGUGGCCACAUAUGAAGAUGAUCGGCACUCGUUAAACGAAGGUUUCAUCAUUAACGACGAAAAAGAAGGCGAUAUCACUAGAAUAAUGUCCGAACCUGCAAUAUCUGGAUCUCAUGAAAAGGGGGAGUAUGUUAUGAUUAGUGACGUUUUGCCGAGGGAGAGUGUUUCUGAGUCAAUGCUUGGCGAGAGUAGAAUAGAGACGCCUCGAAACCAUGGGCGAUCAUUUUCUGUUGACAGCACAUUGGAGGGAAGUAUGAGGAAAGGGAGCUUGAAGAGAGGUCAACCUAACUCGUUGAAGGCGGGGCUUCUACAAGGAGAUCAGAGCGAGGUGCAUAAACUGAGGCGCAGCUUUGGUUUCGAUAGAUCUGACAUUGGUUUCCCAAUGUCAGAUAGUGUUGCAAACACGUCUGAUGACGGGCAGUAUGUUCAACUGGAUUGUAGCCUGGACUAUCUCACAGAGAAAAAUCCCGCUGAUAUGACUGUUGCAGACUUGUCCAUGUGUAAAGAUGACUUUGACGACUCUCCCGGAUCCGUCUCUAGGAUUAAGUCCACUACAAGCCUUGUCUCUACAAAGUCUGAGAUGAAUGAAGGAGGUAAAGAUGCUGGUUAUGUAUGCGAUGAUGAAUCAGAGGCUUGUUCUAAAACUGGUAGUGGAAUGUAUAAACUUUUUCAUAAAAAUAAGCAGGAGUCAGAGCCUAUGGAUGUUGAUUCUGUUAAUGGCGACAUUUUUAAACUUCAUGACGAUAUGCCAAAGUCUCUUGCACAGCAGAAACAGGAGAGUAAGGACAGUUUACUGAGCGAAGCCUCGUCUAGUUUGUCCCCACUGCAGAACUUUAAGGAACGUGAAAUGACCAGGUCUGUUUCGGCAGACAGCGGUCAAGGCUCAAUUUGCGAUGAGACAAGAAUUGACUCAGUCGAUGCCACUCCUGAAUCAAUUACCAGUGGAAAACUUACUGAAAAAGAGAGAGUUGGAAUAGAAACGAUGCAUGAGUUUGAGAAAUCUGCGUCAGAUGCCUUAAUGAGUGUUGCUGAUGAAACUUGUCGCAUGAGUGACAAUGAAGGAGAUAUUCCUGUCUUUGAUGAAAGCCAGAAUGACCAGACCUGGAAUGAAUCUCUUAAGCCAGGUCUGGUCCAGAAGAAAUCGCUGUCAACCCAGCACCUUGAUAGGGAGUUUGAGCCUACUCCAACACGAGUGUCAAGGUCGAAAAGCUUGUUGGAGGCUAGCCUUAUGCAAAAGAAGGCGAAUGUGAAGCCAAACUUACAGAUAUCAGCUGAAACACAUAAGCUACUUGCAAGAGCAGGUUACAUUAAGGAACAUAAAGUUGAGACAAAGUCUGACUUUGAUGAUUUUGCAGUUCCUGGAAAGUUUCCGUUUAUUCAACAAGCAGAAGCUCUUAACCCUCGAAGAGAAAGUAUAAUACAGCUGCAGAAAAACAAGGCAGGGUUUGUUAGACAAAACAUUAGGCAAUUUGAUAGAAUUUCAGAAGAUAAGAAGGAAGUUGAUGAUCGACAUGCUUCACCACUUCGGUUUGCUAAUUCCACUUCUCGUAAAAUGAAACCUCCAAUGGUUUUUCAUAAACCUUGCGGCGGAUUUACAAAAGAAGUUGAUGGAAUAAGGCAGACUUUGAACUUUUCUAAAGAUAAGAUGCAUUUUGGGACAGCUAAAGUUCCAAUUUCAACACAACUGAUAAAGCCUUCCGAUCCCCUGAACACAACAACUGAUGGAAAAUCUACUGGGUUGAAACGUAAACCCAGUAUUUAUUAUGCUGAAAAAGAUGCAGACAGAUCAGUUAUAACCAAUACUGGUGAUUCUGAUAGUUCUAUGGAUUUUUCUUCUGCACACUCAGUCAAUGAGUCUCGCUUCGAGCAUGAAGUUGGAAAUCAAACUUCUGAUGGUAAACCAGAGUUAGACUUGUCCAUUACCAAUGCUAUAAACAGUGUAAAUGUCUGCUCUCCACUCAAUGAAAAUGUGAAAACAGCAGGGAAUGAGGACAAGGCUAACGUCAAUAACAAAGAAAACACUGGGACACCAACUAAAAUGCCGGACAUCAAGCAGCCUAUUCUGACAACUCCGAUAAGUUUGGAGUCAGUAAAGUUUAGAACUGCUUCAAACAAGACCCCGAUAGAACUUAUCAAAUCUUCGGCUUCAAAGUCUCCAAGGUCGCCAAUCAAGCCACUGAAACGACUCGGAUCUUCCCCGCAUUCGCCUCGAAAUCGAGUCAUACAUUCACCGAAAAUGAUUAAAACUAAUAGACGAUCGCUGCUUUCCACGAUCCCAAAUCAGAAUGAAGAUUUCAACAGUUUCUAAUUUUAAUAAAUGUGCCUAACUUACUGGAAGCUGGAGAAAUGACAAGGAUGUUGAAGCACAAAUGAUUGAUCUGUUUCUUUCUUUAAAUGUCACAUGAUUCUUUUCGCUUUCUACCCCCGAAAAUAAUCUUCUUCGGAACAAUUUGCCGUUAUUUAAUUGCCAUUUUAGUGCAAUACAAUUUGUAAAAAAACUAAAUGCCUAUUAAGCCUUUCCUUUAUAGAUAACGGUAAACUUUUAACCUCAUAGAUCGGCCUUUUAACCUUACGUUAUAAUAAGAUGAGGGGAUUAACUAGGGGCAGCUGAUGGGGCCAGUUCACUAUAAAGGAAAGGGUUUAAAAGAUUUUAUGCUACUUAAUGGUCACUUAUUUCUCUUGACAGUGUAUUCUAUGUUUUCUGCUCUAUGUCUUUAUCAUGAUAAGAUGUCUCUCCUGUUGUAGACCAACAGACUAUGAUGUUGUGUUCUUUGACUCCCUGCACUAGAAAUGUACAACGGGUACAUCUAUAUGUGUCACUACUAGAUCUUAGGCCACACUAAUAAUAAGUUUUGUUUGGUAUUUCUAUACACAUUUUUAGGCAGUUAUUUAUUCAUUUUUCAGUUCAUUAUCCAUAAAUUCUGUAAUUCAAAUGAAGGUCUUAGCUACAUAAGAGGGUGCUGCAAUCUGCUCUUUUCUGUAGCUCCCCUUUGCCCUCAUGGAUACCAGCAUGUGCACCCUUAACCUUUUUUUUUUAAAUUGAAUCAUGUAGGUAAUCAAAUAGUUUCUAUGUUUUGUUUAAGGUUAUUAGUUGAUCAAAUAUACUUGAAUACAAAAUUAAUAUAUCUAGCACCUGAAAGCUAAAAUUACUUCAGUUAAAUACAUUUUUUACACUGUUUUCCCAAUUUUAUAGUAGAUUAGUAAUUCACAUCCAAAAAUAAUGUGCCGUUUUCACCCUGUCCUUUUUCUGUCGCAACCAGUCCUUCUUAUUACUUUAACCCUAUCAUCCUGGCUAAAACUCUAAAGAAUGAAACAAAAACAGGAGAGGCUUUAAACGAUUUUGGUAACAAGCAUUUUUUUUGAAUUGCAAAUGGCAAACAAACUAUUUAUUUGUGGUCUUAUUUAAAAUAUAUUGGAAUAUUAUAUUAUUAUCAUCCUUGAAAUGUGCGUGGUUGACUGGUCAGCACAGUGAUUAGAACAGUCGCUUCUCACCACGGUGGCUUGUUUCAACUCCCUGUCAUGUAUAUGUGUAUUUUUGCCUUCAUGUUGUGUAAAAAUGUGUUCUGUGUACUGUAGUUUGUGUUUGCAGUGAGCAUGUUACAAUAUGUUACAAUAAUCAAAUUUGUAUGUCUGUGAUACUUUGUUCACAUACAGGUCUUUGUAAUAAAUAAUUCUGUGUCUCCAUACAAACGAAUAUGUGGCAUUUUAAAUACAUUUCUUGUUGUAAAGGAAUGUACAAGCUGUCUUUUAUAAAAUAUUUGACAUUUCGUAAUUGAUAAUUUCAUAUUUAUGGUACUGACUUCCUAGGAUAUAAUUUAGAGGAAGUUAGCGUAGUGUUUUCUUGUUUUUAUGUAAUUUAAUUUUUAUUUAAAGAUAUUUAAUCAUGUCAUUGUUGUAGAUUAUUACUUUAUUGGCAAGCUUUUUGUUUUUGAUGCCAAGAAGUGUGGUUAUUUUACAUGUGCAUAGAUUGUAAAUAUUUUACUACACUUUUUUACAGAUUUAUAUUAUGCUGAAAACUGCUAGAUAUCUGCACUGUAGUCGGCAAAGGAAUUGAAAAGAAAACAAAAAGAAAUUGAAUCUAUUAAAAUAAGAAAUAAUAAAAAAAAAAUGGGAAUAACUGUGAACAAAAUGCUUCUUUAGGUGAUAUAACAUUGUAAAUAGUUCAAAUUAGACCAUUUUUUGUUUUUAAUCAAUCAAAAAUAUAAAUAUGACAGAAAAUGCUCUAUUUGGCGAAAAGUGUUAAUAACAUUAUUUAAGUGAUUUUUGGCUUUUCAAAUUUCUGCUUACAAUUGCAUCUUCGUAAAUACUAUACUUGCCUGCUUAAGUUAUUCAAAUUUUUGUUUCAUUUAAUGUUCAUUCAGGUCAAACCUGGUUGGCUGGAACUUGCUUGGCUCGAUUUUCUCACUGGCUUGAUCUGGAUGUAAAGGACCGAUUUUAUUCCAUUAAAUGUUAGCAUACUGCUUUUCUCGAAUUUCCUGAGUUUUUUUGCCAGACCCUGGGAGAUGGAGACAAUGGGGUUCGACUGUAGUAAUCAUAAUGAUCAAUGAUAAUUAAUCUUUUUACAAUAAGGAUAAAGCUACGGUACACAAAAAAUGUACAUGAUUCUAAGUUUUCAGCAUUAUGAAUCUGUUUUACAAACUGUUUUUAUCCAGAAUGUGAGUGGUAUAUAUUAUGUUUGCUAUAUAAUUUUCAAUGAUCGGAGUGUUACAUGGAGCUUGCGUAGAUAGGGCAGAUGGGUAAAAUUGCUUCGGCAAUCAUGCUUAUAAAGAUCUCAGUUCAUUAAAUCCAUUUUGGUGUUUUUUCUCAUACUUAAAGCUGCACUCCCACAGAUUGACUGUUUUGAUCUUUUUUAAAAACAAUGUCCUAGAAUUAGAUGGUUUGGGCAUCAAUGCCUUCAAUUCAGUAAUAAAAGAUAACCAACAAUUGAACAGAUCUCAAUUGUUUGGAAAACUUCAUUUUUCUUAAAGCAUUAGUUACCCUUGUAACUAUUUUUUAACGUAAAAAUGAAUAUUUCAAUCUGCUCAUUUGUCGGCAGUCCUAUAUCACUGUUUGUUAGAUAUUUACGCAAAAAUUAGCUUAUUCCAAGACAAGAAAUAAAAAAAAGUUGUCAAAACAAUCAAUCUGUGAGAGUGCAGCUUUAAAAAUGCCUUUUUGUUCCAUUUAUUCUUUCUACAGUACAAUAUAUAUCUUAUAUAAUAGUCGAAAGUCAAUAGUACUAACUGACAUUGGGCAUUGUUGUCAAAAUUGAAUUUUACAGUCAACAAUGACUAAAAAUAAAAAAUCUGAUUUUUUUAACAUAUGGUUAUUCUAGGGUUGCAGACUUUUGCCAGCAAGCUUCAUUGCUGGCUUCUGCACAUGCCUUUGGGUUGGAUUUUUUCAACCUGCACAGGAACACAUGAAAGAUAUUUAUAUUUUGUCUCAUUAUGUGUCAGUUACAGUUGACUUUGGGUUAUUUCUCUUUCAAUCUGUGCACAACAGUACAGCUCAUGAUGUCCACAAAUAUACUUGUAUAAUAUUAGUGGUGUACGAAAUUGGAAAAUUUAGUUAGUUGAUAAUACUGUUAAAAAUGAAUUGUUUUUAAAUUAAACCUGGCUUUUAUCACUAUGUUUGUUUAAGUAGCCUCGACUGGUAUUUAUAAAACAAAUUAAGGCAAUUCCUUACCAUAUAAUUUCUGAAAUAUUUCAUUUUUUUAACUUCAUUUAAAAUACACAUGUUUGUGUGUGUGUUUUUUUAAUAAUACACAUUAAAAUUGAUUUUUUUUAUAUAAUUUGGCUACCGAUAGGAAAUGACUAAAGAUUUACGAGAACCAGCCCUUACUAAACAGAAUCCUCAAUUAAUAAUGUCAAGUUAGAAGUAAUCACUACUGUUGUGCACAUUUUUGGUCGCCCCUCACUGGUUCAAUAUUCACUUUGUGUUUAUGAUCAUACUCAUUAUUCUAGUCUCGUUUGUCUUCUAUGCUGCUCUAGAUAUGCAAUUAAAUAUAGUAAUCAACUUG